AUGAGCGCAAAAGUGAUGGGCAGUUUGGAAGCCGCUACACGACUACACACUCUCUUAUUUCACCGAAAUGGCUCCUUGGCUGCUUUCUUCUACUCGUAACAGGAAAGGUUUCCAGUGCUUCUGUGAUCGAAGUUUUAGCAGUUGAUGCUAAUGUUAUCUACAACGCGCUUGAUGUUGGAUUUCCAUAUCCUCGAAGAACUCUCAGCGAUCUUACAAAAU